AUGAAGAUGGGUGGCGCACCUUCCCAAGGCGACACUCUAAAGCAAUUCAGUGUCGACCUCACAGAACUCGCAAAAUCCGGCAAACUAGAUCCAGUCCUAGGGCGAGAUGACGAGAUUAGACGAACUAUCCAAAUAUUAUCCCGUAGAACAAAAUCCAAUCCUGUCCUCCUCGGUAAUCCCGGUGUUGGUAAGACUGCAAUUCUUGAAGGACUAGCUCAGCGAAUUGUGAACAAUGAGGUGCCUGAAUCACUCCAAGGCCGUCGAGUACUCAGUCUAGAUCUAGCGGGUAUGAUCGCAGGUGCUUCUUUCAGAGGCUCUUUUGAAGAACGCUUCAAAGGUCUUCUCGCAGAUAUCGAAGCUGAACAGGGCAAGAUUGUUGUUUUCAUCGAUGAGCUCCACACUCUACUCAACCUUGGUAAAGCGGAGGGUAGCAUCGAUGGCGGUAACCUUAUCAAACCUCAACUGGCGCGUGGAUUGCAGCUCGUUGGUGCAACUACCCUCGAUGAAUAUCGCAAAACUAUUGAGAAAGAUGGCGCUCUCGCUAGACGCUUCCAGCCUAUACAGGUCGAAGAACCUAGCCUUGCUGCUACCAUAUCCAUACUCAGAGGCUUGAAAAGUCGAUACGAGACUCAUCAUGGUGUCAUAAUUGGUGACGACGCCCUCGUAGCUGCUGCAAAGCAUAGCGAUAGGUAUAUUAGCGAUCGAUUCUUGCCAGACAAAGCCAUCGAUCUUGUAGACGAAGCUGCUUCCACGCUCAGAUUAGCACAAGAGAGCAAACCAGAGUCAUUGGCCAAGCUAGACCGAGAUAUUCUUGAGAUACAGAUUGAGCUACAAUCCUUACAAAACGACGACAAUACACUGUCUAUAGAACGCAGAGAUACACUAGAGAAAUUAGUCAACGAAUACAAAGAGGAGUCAGAGAGACUGACCAAGAUCUGGAAUGAAGAAAGAGCCAAGAUUUCUGACGCUAAGGUCGCCAAAGAGGAGCUCGAGAGAGCGUACAUAGACUUAGAAAUAUCGCAAAGGCAUGGCGAUCUCGAGCGAGCAUCUAGACUGCGCUACGAAAGUAUACCAUCGCUUCAACGUGAUAUUGAGAUAGCGGAGAAGCAAGCUGAAGAAGGAACUACAAUGCUCCUCGUCAAGGACAGAGUGGCGAGCGAUGACAUUGCGAGAGUCAUCUCGCGCAUGACUGGAAUACCAAUCAGCAACCUCCUUCAAGGCGAAAUUGAGAAAUUGCUUCAUCUUGAAGAUAAGUUGACUGAGAGAGUUCUUGGACAGGACCACAUUAUCAAAGCAGUUGCAGAUGCCGUGCGAUUGUCGAGAGCUGGUUUGCAAUCAGACAACAGACCCAUAGCGUCAUUCCUCUUCCUCGGUCCAACCGGUACCGGUAAGACGGAGCUAUCGAAAGCGCUCUCCGGGGCAUUGUUCAAUGAUGAAAAGCGAGCAUUGAUCAACAUCAACAUGUCGGAAUAUCAAGAAAAGCAUACAGUAUCGCGUCUGGUCGGUGCACCACCUGGCUAUGUAGGAUACGAGGAAUCAGGACAGUUAACAGAAGCGGUGAGACGUAGACCAUACUCGGUCGUUCUGCUUGAUGAGUUCGAGAAGGCACAUCCAGAUGUAUCAAAUAUCAUGUUACAACUACUCGAUGAAGGCACCUUGACAGAUAGCCAAGGUCGUAAGGUUGAUUUCAGGAACACGAUAAUUAUAGCCACCUCUAAUCUCGGUUCUGAUAUACUCUCAAGACCCGAGAGCACAGGUCCUGAUGAGAAUGUGACCGAGGAAGCUACCAAAGAGGUGCUAGAACGGGUUGAAAAAGUGUACCCACCAGAGCUUCUCAAUCGACUUGAUCAUAUGUUAGUGUUCAACAAACUUAACCACAGGUCAAUCAAAGACAUUGCUAGAUUGCGUAUCACUGAAGUCAACAAGAUGCUUGGGGAAAAGAAGAUGCGUUUGGAUGUCAGUGAUGAGGUUAUCGAUCAUUUGGCGGAGAUUGGAUACUCGUCAACAUAUGGCGCUAGAGCUAUUCUGAGAACUGUUAGAGCUAGUAUCGCAAACCCCCUCGCGAGGAAGAUCAUACAGGGAUCGGUUCGCGAUGGUGAGGCAGUGAGAGUCACUAUGGAGGAUGGCAAGGUAGUGAUUGCGGACAAUCACACACCACAGCCUCUUGAUGAAACAUUACCCAAUCAUGUCAAGGAGGAGGAGCAAGCAUUGAGAGAUGAUGAUCAUGAUGAUCCGGAUCAAUACAAGUAA